AUGCAUCGCCCUUUGAUCUUCCUCGCCACCCUCGCCGCCACUGGAGAGGCUACGGCCAGUCUCUACGGCCGAAGCCUCUACGGCGAGAGCACGUCGAACCAUACCUGCCAGCUCUACGACCCUAUCCUGUCGUGCUCAGCAGGGGCGCAAGCCAACAUCACAGACUCGUGCUGUACCGAGACAUUUGGAGGCUUGGUUCUUUCGACACAAUAUUGGGAUACUUAUACUGGUCUUGAGUCUCAGGGCCAAGUCCUGCCCAAGAACGCCUGGAGUCUUCACGGCUUGUGGCCGGAUUUCUGCAAUGGCUCUUACACGCAGUAUUGUGACCUGAGCCGCCAGUACGAUCCGGCACCCUCACCAAACACCACCACGGGAACAUCUUCCGGCACGCCGGUGCCCCCUUACAAUGGCUCCAACAUAGGCACCUUUCUCGAACCCUUUGGAAAAUAUGACCUCCUCGCCUACAUGAACAAGUACUGGGUCUCCCAAGGCUCACCCAACUACGACUUCUGGGGCCACGAGUUCUCCAAGCACGCCACCUGCUACUCCGCCUUCGAUGUCCCCUGCUACGGUCCGCAGUACGUCGAGCACCAGGACGUGGUCGACUUUUUCGAGACCGCCAUCGCGUGGUACCGCACCGUGCCCACGUACAAGUGGCUCGCCGACGCCGGCAUCGUGCCCAGCAACAGCACUACGUACACCCUCGGCGACAUUCAGAGCGUGCUGACUGAAGCGUUCGGGGAAAUCCCGUAUCUGGCCUGCACGGGGGCUCAGUACAACAGCACCGCCGCCGGCGCGGGCUCGGGUGACACUGGGUACACUGUCCUGGACGAGGUCUGGUACUAUCACCAUGUCUACGGCCGUCCCCAGGACGUGCGUGGGGUUCCUGUCGCGGCGAAUGCAACAGGUGGCAGCUUGGGUAAUUGUGCUUCCUCGCCGGGGGCCAUUCACUAUUACCUGCGCACGAAUGGAUCCGAGGCGUAA